AUGAUAGAGUUCGCCAGCCCGCAGCGAAAGGGGCUUUUGUCACCCCUGUUAGCAGAACAGGUGCAUGAAUUGCCUGUGAAGGGUCCCUUUAGUGGAACAUAUUAUACUGUAAAGGAAAAUAAAGUAGCGGCUACAGUACAGCGACCUCCUUCCACGCGAUCAAGGGCGGCUGCGGCGUUUCCACAACCAACAGGACUAGCGCACAGGUGGCGAUUCAUAAAACAGGAAGUGUUUGACUCCAACUACUCGCCGCCUCCUGCGCUAAGAAACAGGUAUAAUACGACGGCUGCGCCACACCAGUCCCCCACACCCCGCAAGGCUGAGCAGCAAUCUCAACAAAAACCUCAGAUGAAUACGGGCGCAUUUUCGAGAAGACCAUCAACUGCUGUCACUUGGGAUGAGUUCCAUCGAAGUGAUGCGGGUACGCACACUAAUCAUUCACCCCAGCCUAGCGUGUGGAAUACGCCCCGUGGUUUAUUGGAGAGGGCACUGGAGGAUGACAACGAUGUGGAACUGCCACUAAUUCAGCAAGUGGUGAAACCCGAACCAGCGACAAGGGGACCAGUCGUUAGCCGACCGCCAAGUCGAAGCAGCGUGAGUCCGGUUUCCUCUACAACAACAGCGACGGAGACUCAUCACCCGGAAACCACAUCAUCCUCCACCCGCACCAUAUGGCCGAACUUCUCAGUUACUCACAGCGUAGAGGAGAAAGCCACAAACGGACCGAGUUGCGACGAGGAUCCGAGGAAAACGCUGGAGUUGCUGACGCGCACACCCGUGCGGAUUGGUUCCAGUACUGUAGAGUUUACCUCAUGUGACGACGGCAGUCGACAGUCACCGGGGAUCCGGGGGGCACACUCGGGGUUGCUUCCAGGAGCUUCCUUUACUGACCAGGCUCAGCGGCUUCGAGUAACGCUCUUAACCUCCGCUUACCAGAAGAUGGUGGAUGACUUGGUAGAAAUGCACGAGUACACUCCAAGUGAACGAGAGGCGAUUUAUCGUCAUGUAAGUAUAUUUCGGGAACUUCCCCUACAAUCACGUUACCAUGAGAUGCAUCCGUUGGUCAAUAUGCGUUUGGCAAAAGUUGAGGUCCGCCCCAGGCAGCUUCAAAGGAAGAGUAGCUUUAAUGCAGUGGAAACACAUCGCGGCAGAACAAGCAGGUCGGGCUCGCGCACCGGUAGGCGUGGGUCUGCAUGGCGACGCCUGUCAUCAGUUGGUUUGGGCAGCCUUAACAACCCUGAUAAGGGUUCAGGGAAUUUUUUAAGAGAGAACAUGUAG